CAAACUAUAAGAACCUCAUUUCCACAACAAGAUUUUGCAAACUCCCUUCAAUAUAAUUUUGGCCAUCAAUUGAGAAGAAGUUGCAAAAGAUGACUACUCACAAAGCUCAUUGCUUGAUCUUGCCAUAUCCAGCUCAGGGUCAUAUCAACCCUAUGCUUCAAUUCUCUAAACGUUUACAAUCCAAAGGUGUGAAAAUCACUAUUGCAGCCACCAAAUCCUUCUUGAAAAACAUGCAAGAAUUGUCAACUCCUGUAUCAAUCGAGGCCAUCUCCGAUGGCUAUGAUGAUGGAGGCAUCUACCAAGCAGAAAGCUUCGCGGCCUAUAUUACAAGAUUCAAAGAAGUUGGCUCUGACACUCUGUCUCAGCUUAUUGAAACGUUAACGACUCCUGGUUGUCCUGUGAGUUGCAUAGUUUACGAUCCAUUUCUUCCUUGGGCUGUACAAGUAGCAAAGAAGUUUGGAUUAGCUAGUGCUGCUUUUUUUACACAAUCUUGUACAGUGGAUAACAUUUAUUACCAUGUACAUAAAGGGGUUCUAAAACUUCCUCCAACUGACGUUGAUGAAGAAAUCUCAAUUCCUGGAUUAGUAACAAUUGAGAGUUCAGAUGUACCUACUUUUGAAAUUAAUCCUGAAUCAGCAAGAAUUCUUGAAAUGUUGGUGAAUCAAUUCUCGAAUCUUGAUAAAGUGGAUUGGGUUCUAAUCAACAGCUUCUAUGAAUUGGAGAAAGAGGUAAUUGAUUGGAUGGCCAGGAUCUAUCCAAUCAAGACAAUUGGACCAACUAUACCAUCAAUGUACCUAGACAAGAGGCUACCAAAUGACAAAGAAUAUGGCCUUAGUGUGUUCAAACCAAUGACAGAUGCAUGUCUAAACUGGUUAAACCAUCAACCAGUUAGCUCAGUAAUAUAUGUAUCAUUUGGAAGCUUAGCCAAAUUAGAACCUGAGCAAAUGGAAGAAUUAGCAUGGGGUUUGAGAAAUAGCAACAAGAACUUCUUGUGGGUAGUUAGAUCCAAUGAAGAGUCCAAACUUCCCAAGAAUUAUUUAGAGGAAUUAAAAUUAGCAAGUGAGAAUAAAGGCUUAGUGGUGUCAUGGUGUCCACAAUUACAAGUCUUGGAACACAAAUCAAUAGGGUGUUUUCUCACGCAUUGUGGGUGGAAUUCGACUCUGGAAGCGAUCAGUUUGGGAGUACCAAUGAUUGUGAUGCCACAAUGGUCAGAUCAGCCUACAAACGCAAAGCUUGUGAAAGAUAUUUGGGAGAUGGGAGUUAGAGCAAAACAAGAUGAGAAAGGAAUUGUUAGAAGAGAAGUUAUUGAAGAAUGUAUAAAGAUAGUGAUGGAAGAAGAGAAAGGAAAAUUGAUUAAGGAAAAUGCAAAGAAAUGGAAGGAAUUGGCUAAAAAUGCUGUGGAGGAAGGUGGAAGUUCAGAUAGAAAUAUUGAAGAAUUUGUUUCCAAGUUGGUGACUAUUUCAUAAAUGAGAAGUUAGUUAAUUAAAAUUAUAAAAAAUAAUAAUGAAGAAGCUGAUUUAUAUUUUGCUAUUUCUUUUUUUUUUUUUUAGGUUGAACUAGGAAAGUGUUAUCUAAAUUAUAUUUUAUUUUCACCUUCUUACCUUUUUUGUAAUGCAACAUGUUGUCAUAUCUUGUCUAUUAGAUAUUUCUAAAUGUAAUACUCUAGUAGCUGUUAUUCGCCGUCAAUCAAUUCUUGCCAUCACAUUCUAACUU